AUGCAGCUGGCGGAGAAAGUCUCGAAGGUCACCAGGAGUGACUCGGCGUCCAAGCAGCCCAGGUGGGCCGGGAUUCGGUGGCCCUGCUGCGGGGCGCGGGAAACCCGCUCAGCGCCUCCCGGGAGGGCAGGACUUGGAGCGGGCCGGGGCGGUUGUGCGGCCCGAGGAGCCCGGGGAGGCAGGCUGGGGCCCGGCUUACCUCCUGAGAGGAGCCCGGGGCCCUCGACGAAGGUCGCCUUCUCAUUGCCCGCCGACCAAGCCCGCCUUGCCCGGGGCACAAACGCCUAGGGGCGCGAGUGCCGCCCUCGCCCACGCGGCGCCCCCCGCAGGCCCCCAGCCGGGAUGGCCGCUUCCUUGCUCACUUCGCCCCUACCCCGCACUGCCUCUAGCCCCGUCGAUGAGGGGGACCAGAGGGCGAUCGGGAGCUACUACCAGCUGUUCGCGGCCGCGUUGGGCAACCUGGAAUGGCUGCGGUUCUGUCUGAACCGGGACCGUGGGGAAAUCCCGGCCGACGACAAGGGUUUCACUGCCAUCCACUUUGCAGCCCAGAGCGGCAAGCUGGCAUGCCUGCAGGUCCUGGUAGAGGAGUACAAGUUUCCAGUAAACCUGCCCACCAACAAUGGCCAGACACCCCUGCACCUCGUCAUCCACAGGAACAACAAGACCACAGCCCUCCCCUGCAUUCACUAUCUGCUUAAGCAAGGGGCGGCCCUUAACACUCGGACAUGCAACGGCUCCACGCCCCUGCACCUGGCAGCCCGUGAGGGCCUGCUGAGCUGUGUGAAGGUCCUGGUGGAAAAUGGCGCCAAUGUCCACGCCCGGGAUGCCAUGGGCUGCAAGCCCAUCGACUACUGCAAAAUAUGGAAUCACCGCAUCUGUGCCCGGUUCUUAAAGGAUGCUAUGUGGAAAUGGGACAAGAAGAACUUUGCUCGUGAGAUGGGGAAACUGAAGAGGCUGAAGGACCAGCUGACCCUCAUGGAGCAGGACUACCUGACUGAAUAUCAAAAAGAGCACCAAAGCCUGAGAGAAGCUGACUUCAAAAAGUGGCUCCAUCGCAAGCUGCUGCCCGGAGGCCAAUCUCUAAUGGGCAACACUGAGCAAGAGCCCCAUGCUCCACCCCGGGCCAUCACCCUCUCCAAGACCAAGCACCGGGGACUGUGGCCUCCCAAAAGCUUCCACCCCUCCCCAGAGGCACGCCUGCGACAGACACUGCAGCUCAAGCUGCCACCCUUGGUGAUGCCCAGGCCCAUCUACACGCGGCCCAUGGUCAGCCGACCCAAGCUGUGGAAUCUUAGCAACAACCCUGCCAGAUCCCCCAGCAUCCAGAUCAGCUACCCACAGGGCAUCCGCCUGGGCGUGCAUCCAGACCCCAGGCCAGAGCACGACUUCCACAGCUUCCUCCAGGUGAGGUCCAAUGGGCACGGCGGCGCGCGCCUGCGCACGGUGGCCGGCCACUCGGUGGCGCCUGUUCCCCGGCUGCCUUUCGAGGUGAUAGUCCGCCAGCUGUACCCUUCAGUGCAGCCGUACAGGAUGAAGGUGCCCCAGGGCUUUUACUCUGUCAGCAUGAGGGACGUGCCCCGGAAGCGGCACUUCGGCGAAGACACCUUCUGGACUGAUACUCUAGCCAUGAACCUGCGUGAGACAUUUGAUGAAGCCUUCCUGGCAGCUGUGCAAGCCCAUCAAGGGCUCCUCACUCUGUCCUUCCCCCAAACCCCCCCAUAAACUUAUUUUGGUAGCCUCUGGACCUGAGGCAGCCCAAUGAAGGCUGAGGUGUGGCAACUCGUAUGUGGAUGGUGAGGA